GUCGGCGACGGGCCGCGCCGCUCCGCCUGGCUUCUGGCUCGUCAUCAGCCUACCAGCCCGAGCGCUGACGAAAGUGCGCGCGCGCGCGACUUGGGGGCGGUUUGUUGUUGCGCGCGCCGGCGCGCCUACGGGUUGCGUGGAUAUUCAUACGUGGGCGCCCCGCGAUGUGCCUCGUCGUGGCGAAGCAACUCAUUGUGCCGCGCCGGCCGCUUGCUUGGGUCUACCUGGGGCGGCCGGUCCACGCACCGGCGCCGCCGGCAGACUACGCAGCCCCCCGGCGUGUUGUUUUCGUUCCGGGGGGGGCGCCCACAUCAGUUCCCCUUGGGGCAGUCGGGAGCCGCGGGCGGGGCCAAAGCGUGGCGGACUUAUUUUCGCCCCGUGUUUGUGGCGCGGAGAUUUGGCCCUGCCGUGUCAUCGCACGGGCCGACUCCUUUGCCUAUUUUUCCAAUUUCUUAGUCUUGUUAUGUGUUGUUGUUCGAGGGACAAUUAUCCGGCCGUCCAGCUAUGGCUAUCAAUCCAUCCGC